AACGGGCACUUUGCUUCACUCGACACAUGCAUAUGUCAGUCUUAACUCUCUAACUCUUUCCCCGCAAUCCAUGCCCCCCUUCCUUUAACCUCUCAACAAAUUAUUUUCUCAUUUUCCCCGCAAUAUAAUUUUCUCUUUCCUUUAUUUCCUUUUUGGUUUUGAUGAAGCCGAAGAAUUAUUCUCCGAUGGAGAAACCCAUCUCCGUCGUGACUGGGAAAUUCCGAAGCAGCAACAACAACCAUAGUAACGUCUGGUUCGUUGUCCCUCUCUUCAUCCUCCUCUGUUUCAUUCUCCUCUGUUUCGACUACUCCGCUCUCUACAUCACCGACACCGACGAAGCCGCUCCCUCCUUUUCCGACACAACCCAGAACUCAGUUUCUCGCGAAUCCACGAAAGACGUAAACCUUUCUCGAUUACUCGACGACCCACUUCCCGAUUCCUGCUCCGGUCGGUACAUCUAUCUCUACGAUCUUCCUAGUAGAUUCAAUAGUGAUCUGCUUGAGAGUUGCAGUUUGAUUACUAGAGGAACAGAGAACAACAUAUGUCCGUAUCUCGAAAACUUUGGUUUCGGUCCUGAGAUUCAGGAUCCCGAUAAUAUUCUGUUGAAACAGAGCUGGUUUGUGACGAAUCAGUUUAUGCUCGAAGUGAUUUUCCACAACAAGAUGAAGAAAUACACUUGCUUGACCCACAACUCGUCUCUAGCCUCUGCGGUUUUCAUUCCCUUUUACGCAGGUAUCGAUAUGAGCAGGUAUCUCUGGGGUUUCAACAUUACCGUAAGAGAUUCCUCGUCCCACGAGCUCAUGGAUUGGCUUGUGAAACAGAGAGAGUGGAGCCGGAUGUCCGGUAGAGACCAUUUCUUCGUUGCGGGAAGGAUCGCUUGGGAUUUCAGGAGACAGACUGAUAACGAAUCAGACUGGGGGAGCAAGCUCAGGUUCUUACCCGAGUCACAGAACAUGUCGAUGAUGUCUAUCGAAUCCAGCUCUUGGAACAACGAUUACGCUAUCCCUUACCCCACCUGCUUCCAUCCUUCAUCUGUGGAUGAGAUCUCGGAGUGGCAAGAUCGGAUGAGGUCUCAAAAACGGAGGUAUCUAUUCGCCUUUGCGGGCGCUCCAAGGCCUGAGUAUAAAGACUCGGUUCGAGGGAUAAUCAUAGAUGAGUGUUUGGAGUCGGAUGAUCAAUGUUACUUGUUAGACUGUAACUAUGGGAAAGUGAAUUGUGACAACCCUGUCAAUGUGAUGAAGGUUUUCAGGAACUCGGUGUUCUGUCUUCAGCCACCGGGAGAUUCUUACACGAGAAGAUCCAUGUUUGAUUCCAUACUCGCGGGCUGCAUCCCCGUGUUCUUCCAUCCGGGGACAGCGUACGCUCAGUACAAGUGGCAUUUGCCCAAGAACCACAACAGUUACUCGGUUUAUCUACCGGUUAAGGAUGUGAAGGAGUGGGAUAUGAAGAUCAAGGAGAGGUUGCUUGAGAUUUCAGAGGAAAGAGUGGUGAAAUUGAGAGAAGAGGUGAUAAAGUUGAUACCGAGUGUGGUUUACGCUAAUCCGAGUUAUGGAUCGGAAGGGAGUGAAGACGCAUUUGAGCUGGCUGUGAAGGGAAUGUUAGAGAAGAUUGAAGAAGUUAGAGAGGUGAUGAGACAAGGGAAGGAUGGUGGUGAAGGGUUUGAUGAUAGAGAUGAUUACAAGUAUACAUUUUCUCCAUAUGAAGCUCAAGUUUUGACAUAAAGAUGAAAAUAUGUCAAUAUGUCUUUUUUAGUUUAUGUAGGUAGAAGAAGCAAUCUGUUUGCUCUAGAGUGAAAAAAAAAAAAGAGUAUUUUGAAACAAGGAUAAUCUUCUCAAUAAUUUUAGUUAACUUCAUGGAUA